AGCGUCAGAUCCAGUGUUUAUCAGAACUGUGGACUGUUUGUUUGAAACUGUUGGAGAAAAUGUUUGCUGUGAUUUUGUUGUGUUUAUUCUCGUGGAGUCUGCAGGGUGUGUGUGGUUCUGUGUUCGUCUCUGAGUCUGUGAUGGAGGGAGAUUCUGUUCUUCUGUCUGUGAAUAUUACUGAAGCACAGAGACGUGAUGGAAUCAUGUGGACAUACGGACCUAAUUCAAUUCCAAUAUCUAAACUCAAGGCUGAUAAUAAAUAUAUAUAUUAUAAUGGCCCUGAUGGGAUGUUCAGAGACAGACUGAAGCUGAAUGAGACGGGAUCUCUUAUCAUCACAGACAUCAGAAUCAAACACUCUGGACUUUAUUAUAUCUCCACAACCAGCCAAGAGAAGCCAUUCAAGAUAUUCAACAUUACUGUCUAUACUCUUCUGCCUGUUCCUGUCAUCUCAAACUCUUCAUCAAAUUCAGUGUUAUAUUGUUCUAUGUUGUGUUCAGUGAUGAAUGUGGCACAUGUGAGUCUCUCCUGGUACAAAGGAAAGAGUUUAUUGUCCAGCAUCAGUGUGUCUGAACACAGUAACAUCAACAUCUCUCUUCAUCUGAAGUGUCUGGAUGAUUCUUACACAUGUGUGAUCAACAAUCCCAUCACAAACCAGACUCAACAUCUCAACACUGAUGUCUGUCACAAGUGUCCAGAUUUCUCAGAAAACUUCAUCUGCAAGUGUGGUUUUACUGAAGCUGUGAUCCGAUUGGUCCUCUCUGCACUGGUGGGUGUGGCUGCUGUUGCUGUUGUGGUUUAUGACUUCAGAUCAAGAAGAGAUGAACAAUAGAAGAGAUCAGAUAAUAAUGAUUAGGGAAUUAAGUGUAUUUAGUCCAUUGAGAGCAUACAGUAUUUUGAAUCUGAUAGAGAACAGAGCAACAAUCAUUUCUGUAUUAUUUUCUUUCAUUUUCACAUUCUCAAUAGGAACCAGGGUUGGAUCUGGGUGAGUGGAUCCACAACCAAUUCAAAGGCCAUCAGAGGCAAAGCCUUCACAUGAUUUGGAAUUUAGCUCAUACACUUGAAAUAAAAGUACUCAAAUGUCAAAAGUUUUUCAAAGAAGCAUUUUAACUUUGCCUAUCCCUAUGGAGCCACCCUGAAAGUAGACUAUUUUACUUUAUAGUUCUAACAAUAUUUUUAACAGAUACGCCAUGCUUUAUUCCAGUUUAUAAACCCAUUGGUCUUCCAUUAACUUUUAUGAGACAUAUUCAAUUUGGGACACAUCAAUCAACCGUCAUUUGAUGUCACUUCCAAGAUGCUUCCAGUGAGAUUUUCCCUGGAGAGAUAAAAAAUAUAUAUACCUUAAUUUAAUCUUUCCUUUAAAAAAAACGAAAACAUGUCAAAUUCUACAGGCAAUAAAUAUUUUCAUAUAUUUAUAUACA